AUGGAAUGCCUUGAAGAAAAGGAGAGCAGAAUAAAUCUGGGAAAGCCUGCGAAGGGAGAGGAUGCAGCGACAGAAAAAACCGGCUUUGUGGAAAUGCUCAAACGAACAGUGGACGGGUGCGGGGUUGUUUCGGCGGUUGUUGUUUCGGCGCUGGUGCUUGUGCUUCCCCGGCCCGCAUACUCGUGCUAUUUGCUGGGGGUGCUUUCUGCGGCCUUUAUGAAGUGCAUUUCCUGCAUAGACCCGCGAAUAGGAAGAACCAUUCCCCUCUUUGGCCUGGGACUGGACAUGUUUAUGUGCAAGCCGUGGAAUAUUAUUCUGGUGAGCGUGGCUGCUUUGCUUUUUUCUCUUAUGGUUACGCGAAUAGUUGUUGCGCGCACCAAUGUGGACAUAUACUGCACCAUUCUGUGCACUAUGGUGUAUCUGGCGCUUCUUUUGCAGAUGGACAUGUUCCUGGAGGUUGUGAUAUCCCCCAGCCAGACACUCCACCAGCCUAGCAUGCAGGAGGUGUAUAGGCUGUGCGCAGUUAUGGUGAAGAUGUACAUGGGAGUGGCCACAGUUAUGUCGCACAUGUACAUAUACAAUGCAAUGCAGAUGAUGGGAGCGGGCGUUCUAAUGAACACUCUGAAUUUGCUGGCGUCUGGGCUGUUUUUAGUAGUCGCAAGAGCCUUGUACUAUAUACUCGCAGAAGAGCAUGCACACCUUCUAAAGUACUCUCAUAUUAUGAUCCGGGCUUCCAUGUAG